AUGGUGUUUUUACCCGCGAAAGACGCCGGCCAGUUGGCCCCGAUCCCCGACAAUAUCUCGAUCAGCGAGUUUAUGCUCAAUGAGAAACACGGACGACGGCCCCACGCGAACUCCCAGGAUCCAUACACAUGUGGCUUCACUGGGAAAUCAUACUCGUCGCAAGAAGUAGCCACUCGCGUUGACUUCUUGGCCCGUAGUCUUUCGAAAGAGUUCGGUUGGGCGCCGAACGAAGGAUCUGAAUGGGAUAAGACGCUAGCUGUGUUCACAGUCAACACUAUCGAUUCUCUGCCCCUAUUCUGGGCCGUCCACAGACUCGGUGGUGUUCUCUCACCCGCCAAUGCAUCUUAUUCCGCCGCCGAGUUGACGCACCAGUUGCUUGAUUCCAAAGCUAAGGCUCUGGUCACAUGUGCUCCUCUCCUUUCAAUCUCACUGGAAGCUGCGGCCAAGGCCGGCCUCCCCAAAAGCAAGAUUUACCUGAUCGAUGUGCCCAAGGUAAUUCUUGGCGGCGCGAAGCCUCCAACAGGUCACAAGUCCGUUUCUGAACUUCUCGAGGCUGGUAAGUCUUUGCCGCCAGUAGAGGAACUUAAGUGGAGCGCAGGCGAGGGAACUCGACGAACAGCAUUUUUGUGCUAUUCCAGUGGAACAUCUGGCUUACCGAAAGGAGUGAUGAUUUCACACCGCAACGUGAUUGCCAAUGUCCUCCAGAUCAAGGCACAUGAGGAAAGCUACCGAACUGCCGGGGGAACAAAGCCCCCGAGUACAGAGGUCGCUCUCGGGCUCCUUCCGCAGAGCCAUAUCUAUGCUCUUGUGGUCAUUGCCCAUGCUGGUGCAUACCGUGGCGACCAAACUAUCGUUCUGCCCAAGUUCGAAUUGAAAUCUUACUUGAACGCCAUCCAAAGCUUCAAGAUCACUGGGCUCUUUUUGGUACCUCCGAUCAUCAUCCACAUGCUGAGCACUCAAGAUGUGUGCUCCAAGUAUGAUCUGGGCUCCGUGAAAACUUUGUUCACAGGAGCUGCACCUCUGGGCGUGGAAACAGCAGCGGAUUUCCUCAAACUGUACCCGAAUGUUGUGAUUCGCCAAGGAUACGGUCUGACAGAGACAAGCACGGUCGUAAGCUCGACCCAUCCUCACGAUGUCUUCCUAGGCUCCUCUGGCGCCUUGGUGCCUGGAUUCGAGGCACGCAUUGUAACACCAGAGAAUGAAGAGAUCACAACGUAUGACACACCCGGGGAAUUGGUUGUCAGAGGUCCCAGCGUCGUCCUGGGCUAUUUGAACAACGAAAAGGCCACCAAAGAAACAUUCGUGGACGGAUGGAUGCGUACCGGAGACGAGGCGGUUAUUCGCGUCAGCCCGAAGGGCAUAGAGCAUGUGUUCAUCGUCGACCGGAUCAAGGAGUUGAUCAAGGUCAAGGGUCACCAAGUAGCACCUGCUGAGCUUGAAGCCCAUCUCCUUGCCCAUCCCGAUGUCGCGGACUGUGCUGUGGUUGCCAUCCCGGAUGAUCGAGCAGGAGAAGUGCCCAAGGCUAUUGUCGUCAAGUCACCCACGGCAGGAUCGGAUGAAUCAGUUUCACAGGCUCUUGUGAAGUAUGUAGAAGAGCACAAGGCUCGUCAUAAAUGGUUGAAGGGGGGCAUCAGAUUUGUGGAUGCAAUCCCCAAGAGCCCAAGCGGUAAGAUUCUUCGUCGCUUGAUCCGUGACCAGGAGAAGGAGGCACGGAGAAAGGCAGGCAGCAAGAUUUAG